AACCAUUGUAGGUUGUUGGCGUUCUGAGAUCGCACCUACUACACCGGCCGCACCUCACCACCUACCCCCUUGUUUAAUCUCUGGAUCCGAUCCCUGGAAAAAGGAGCUAGCAACCCUUCACAUUCGUAUCCUUUGCUCGUCGACCAUGUCAGCUUCCAUCCAAUCCUCCGGCGGCGUUAUCACUUGCAGAGCUGCGGUGGCGUGGGGGCCAGGGCAGCCGCUGGUGCUGGAAGAGGUGGAGGUCGCCCCGCCCAAGUCCAUGGAGAUCCGCGUCAAGGUCGUCUGCACCUCCCUCUGCCGCAGCGACGUUACCCAGUGGCAAUCUCAGGCACAGCCUGAUCUGUUUCCUCGAAUUUUUGGUCACGAGGCAUCUGGGAUCGUGGAGGGUAUAGGAGAUGGUGUAACUGAGUUUGAGAUUGGUGAUCAUGUGUUAACAGUGUUCAUAGGAGAAUGUGGGAGAUGUACGCAUUGCCGGUCCAGCAAGAGCAACAUGUGCCAAAACUUGGGGCUGGAAAGGAGAGGACUGAUGCACAGCGAUCAGAUGACACGGUUUAGAGUGAAAGGGAGACCUGCUUAUCAUUAUUGCGCAGUCUCUAGCUUUAGCGAGUACAUAGUUGUGCACUCAGGUUGUGCUGUUAAGAUAAACCCUACUGUGAGAAUGGAUAGGGCAUGCCUUCUCAGUUGUGGAGUAGCUGCAGGAAUUGGAGCUGCUUGGAAUGUUGCCGAUAUAUCAAAAGAGUCAACUGUAGUAAUUUUUGGACUUGGUACCGUGGGCCUUUCAGUAGCUCAAGCUGCCAAAAUAAGAGGUGCUUCACGGAUAAUUGGAGUGGACAUAAAUCCAGAAAAAUUUGAGAAAGGAAAGACUUUUGGAGUUACUGAAUAUAUCAACCCAGAUGAGUGCAGAGAACCUGUUCAGCAGGUUAUCAAGAAACUGACUGAUGGAGGGGCAGAUUUUUCUUUUGAAUGCAUUGGUGAUACCGAUAUUGUAUCAACAGCCUUACAGUCUUGUUGUGAUGGUUGGGGAGUGACCGUGACUUUGGGUGUACCAAAAACCAAACCAGAAGUUUCAACUCAUUAUGCUUUUCUUCUAACUGGAAGAACUUUAAAGGGUUCCCUAUUUGGAGGUUGGAAACCAAAGUCCGAUCUUCCAUCAUUGGUUGACAAAUACUCAAAUGGGGAAAUCGAAUUGGAUGAAUUUGUUACACAUGAUAUACCAUUUGAAAGAAUUAAUGAUGCAUUCGACCUAAUGAGAGAAGGAAGUUGCUUGCGAUGUGUGAUUCAUAUGCAAAAGGAAUUAUAGGUAUGGAAGUCUGGAGGCAAACAGCAAUUCACUUGUACCAAUUGAUUUAAAUUUGACAUCAUGCCAAAUAUGUUUACCUUCUACGGAGCUGAUUGUGUAUGUUUAAUCGUUUAAGAUAAUGUUGAUACAAGUUUCAAAUCUUAUUUUUCAGAUUAUGCAAAUUCAUUUUUUUCUAUCAA